AUGAAAGCAAUGAGCCAGAAGUCACAAGUUAGCACAGAGGGCGGAAACUCGCCCUUCACCAGUCACGAGGGUGUGGAGGCUAAGGAGGGGGGCUUGGGUGUCUGCAAGGUGGCACAUUACACGGCACAAAACACGGCAACAACGGCGGCCAGAAUUUUCUCUCGUUUGGAUAGUGUCGAGGAGGUGCAACGCAGUCGCAGUGGCAGCGCUGUUGGAAUAGCGCCGGCCGGCGGUUCAGGUGCAAGUGCAGCAGGUGGAGCAGGUGGAGCAGUGGCAGCGGUGGCAGCAGCAGGUUCACCGGCCAGGGCUGUCCAGCAGCAGCAGUACGGAGGCGGCGGUGUGGGCGUGGCUGCUGGAGUCGGUGUGGGUGUCGGUGUCGGUGUGGGCGGACGUCAUCGCAGCGGCAGCACAGUGUUAGACCUGAGUCAUAGUAGAAGCAACAGCAGCAGCAUCGGCAUCGGCAUUGGAUCACCAGACAUAUCUGGCCUAACACGAAAGUUCUCUGCCAUCGGCACUGGAUUUGGUAUUGUGAAUGGCAUCGGCGAAAACCCAUCAUCCUCAUCACCAUUGGCACAAUCAUCUGCAGUGAAAUGCGACACAUAUAAUUUGGCAAAACUUGGAGGUGGUGUGGGCCCACAAUCAUCAGCAGCAGCAGCAACUGGAGCCAUACCAAAGGGUAGCACUGGACAAUUGGCUGGGGAGGCUGGUACUGGAUGGAGCCGCAUCAACAUCAUUAUCAUCGUCAUCGAGCCCAUCAUCAACGGCAGCAAUUGCAGCGGCGGCUGUCGGGGAUCCAUCAUCAGUCAUAACUGGAGGCUCAAGUGGCUCGGCCCCGACCAUUGGCAGUACACCGAUUGCUGUCCCCAAUCCCCAACCCGGUCCCAAGCGUCAGGGCAGCUUUUCGAAUGUAUUCUCGAAGCUAAUUGA